GCUGGGGGCGGAGCGCGGGACGCCGGCGGCUCAAGCUCGGGCUCGGGCUGGGGCUGGGGCUUGGGCUCCAGCUCGGGCCCUGCACCUGUGACUCGGCGGCGGCGCGGUCCUCCGCUGCCGCACUUGCUGCCCCAUGGCCCCGUCCCGGCUGAAGCUCGGCCUCCGCGCCGCCUACUCCGGCAUCAGCUCGGUGGCCGGCUUCUCCAUCUUCUUCGUCUGGACGGUGGUCUACCGACAGCCCGGGACUGCGGCAAUGGGGGGUCUCGCAGGUGUCCUGGCACUGUGGGUCUUGGUGACUCAUGUGAUGUACCUGCAGGAUUACUGGAGGACCUGGCUCAAAGGGCUGCGCGGCUUCUUCUUCGUGGGUGUUCUCUUCUCGGCCGUCUCCAUCUCUGCCUUCUGCACCUUCCUGACAUUGGCCAUUACCCAGCACCAGAGUUUCAAAGACCCAACCAGCUACUACCUCUCCUGUGUCUGGAGCUUCAUCUCCUUCAAGUGGGCCUUCCUGCUCAGCCUCUACGCCCACCGCUACCGGGCUGACUUCGCUGAUAUCAGCAUUCUCAGUGAUUUCUGACCCAGAGAAUGAGGUCACUCCAGCCUGGGGGCCCUCAGGACCUGUACUCAACUUCUGAGUCAGCAUGGGAGCCUGCCCCAGACCCUGGGGACUCCAGAACUGUGGCAGAGCAUAUACAGCUGGGGCCAGUUCAGUUGCCCAGGAACUGUUGGAAGGGUACUGCCAACCUGCCCAUCAGCCUUCCAAAUGGAUCUAUUUUCUUAGUACUCUGAGGAAUCUUUGUAAGUAGGGUCAUGAUAAUGAACUCAAGGUGUCAAGGGGUAGGGUCUGAACACAUGACUAGUGGCAGGGUUAGGGACAGGCGUCCUUGCUGCCCCAGACUUCAUGAAAGCCAUGGGGGUGGGGGGAAGCAUUUGGAAAAGUUUGAUCAAAUAAGGAAUCUCUAAUCGAGAUCUCCAAAUCCCAUCCCAACACCUCCAUCCUGUUGUCCUCAAGGGUCAGGUAUCUGAACUCACCAGUCCCUGGGGAAGUGACAAUUGGCUUUUCCCCCAAGCUGCAAAGCUGAACAGAGUCCAGUGUCUCUCCUCCUACCUUCCCAUCCAGAGUUUGUUUCCCAUGAGGGUGCUAGAGCCAGCCAGCCAUUCCUAUGUGUCACACAUGCGCACAUGACCACAGAUUACCAGAGCCGGACUCCUCGGAUGCGGCUAGACCUGAGGACCACAGGAGACACACCCCCUGCACCUAGAAGGGCUUCGGGAGAGGGACAAGCUGGUGGGAGCCAGAGGGCUCUCCUUCUGUACUCCUGAGGCUCCAACCUUGCUCUUCACCUGCCCCUCACUGCACAAGACACACCCAGCCAUGAGGACCUUCUCCCCAUUGAUCUUCUUUAUCUCCUCUCUGCUGAAUGGACACAGGUCAAGGCCUUACCUAAGCAGAGAGGCAGGGCCGGGGCUGCUACAUAUCUUUUAUGUUAGGUUGCCAUUUUGCACGUCCACUCUUCCACCAGGGUUCUGCCCCUUGCUCUCUGACUUACCUGUGUCACUGUCACAGUAGCAGAAAUACAGCGGCCGUUUUAUCAGCCUCAGGGUGUUUCUUUGUGGGGGGCUCUUGAGAGGGGACUGUAAGAGUGGGCAAGGAGGGGGCUCUACCUAUCUGAUUAUUUAAGAUAGGCUCUGGGCUAGUGGGUAGCCUGCCCUCUUGGCAUGAGACCACUAACUCAGACCUCCUUUCCUCUCCCAGCCCUGCCCUAUGUAACUAGGAGGCCCACAGUCCCAGCAUCCCCUGCAAUCCCAUCUCCACCCCUUAGCCCGGAGAAAGGGAUUUUUUUUCUUCUCCUAAGCCCAGACUGCUCGGGGCUCCAAGGUAUAUGGUGACCAGGCUGGGCAGACUUUGAACCCCUCUGCUUAUGCUGGGCACACUUUUUCUGGCCUGUUGCCUUGCCCAUCCUUUUUACCUUACAGUAAUGCUCACGAUAUCAUGGUGCUUUAAAGCAGGAAGGAGCCAGAAACUAUGUCCACAUCUAGAACCUUUCACUGAAGGAUACAGGAGGCAGCAGCAACUCAACUGAGUCCCAGCUAGGACUUAAGCCCAGGUGUGUUUGCGUCAAGAUCUUUUGGGGUGUCUUGGCAACUUGAGUCUGAGAACUUGUCCCCGUAUCCCACAGGGCCCAAUGUGUAGGGCUCAGCCCAGGGUCAUUGCCCUUUUCACCUGGGUUGGUAAGCUGUGUCUGCAGUGGGCCCUUCCUGCAUGUGGCAGCUAUGGAAGGGCAAAGGACCGGAGGCCUGAGUUCGGCCCACACUUGCCCCCUUUCUUAGCCCAUCGCGGGGUGCCGGAUACACACCCCCUGCACUGAUGAUCUCUCACUAACAUCCGAGAGGCGUGCUCACAGGACUUUAAAGCAAAUAAAACAUUUAUUG